AUGGAGUCAUCGACAAACUACCCAAUAGUGUCUAUGAAUACACCGAUAAAAAAGAUCCGAGAUCUAACCUUAAAUUCACCUUCAUCAAGACAUCAGCUUGAUCUUCAUCUGCAUGGCACCUCCGCAUUUAACAACAACAACAGCAACAGCAACAGCAUUUACCCAAGUCUUGAUGAUAUACAGACGUCUCCAACAGCAGCAGCAAUGUUACAGAAAGGCUAUUCACAAAAAAUCACCAACAAUGUUUUAUCGGAAUUAAAUUCACGAGCCCAACAGUUGUUAGGGUCACCACCACAAAUAUCUCAACUGAAUGAUUAUAGCAGUAACGAUUCCAGCUCAAAUAAUGUCUUAAACAGAAGAAACAAAAGGUAUAGUACUAUACAUAUGAACAAAUUCACACAGAUGGAUUCUAUAAAUCAGCAUUAUUCGGUUCAUAUGAAAACCCCGUCACCACAAAAAUCUGAAUCACCUUCAUCAGGUGAGGUGGAGGAAUCAGCAACCAAGAGAAGAAGAACAUUGAAUGGGUCUGAUCAAAUAGUUGCUGUUCCAGUAAUGCAAAAGGAACCCACUGUUGAAAAUAACAGUAGUCCCAAUAGAAAAAUCUCACCUUCAAAAGGUUCAAGGGAUUUGAAUUCAAUAUUACGACGGAAAACAACAGAGACUGGUUCUCCAAAUAAAGAAGCUUUUGCUAGACCAUAUCCUCCAAGUAACAAAUUAAGACAAAGCUCUUUGGAAAUGGCUGGUGUCAUACAUGCUUCAUCGCCUUCACAACAUCAACAGAAACUUGGUGACCCACCUUGUUUAUACAAGAAACGAUCUAUUCCUCAAUUGCAAAAAAAGUCUUCCCAUCCCACAUUAAAUAGAAAAUCCUCGAUACCCACUUUAAACAAAAAGUCAUCAAUCCCUUCAUUACAAAAGAAGUCGUCUAUACCAAAUUUUAGUGGAUCUCCGUCGCCGAAUAUGUCAUCUAUGUAUUUUGCACAUCUGCCUGUUAAUGACAUGCCACCACCUCCACCUCCACAUGGAUCGCAUUUACCUGCACUCAAUAAGAAACCAUCAUUCACACAAACCAACAAAAAUACCCCUCGGUUGACUAGAAUCAGUCCAUCUAAAUCAAUACCUUCUAGUGUAUCCUCCAAAAGUGUUGAUUCUCGCGCUUUACAAAAUUCAACUAAUCUCCCGACAAUGAUAAAAUCAAAGUCUGUAACGAUACCCCAACCAUUUUCAUUAUAUGAUAAGCCGACAGUUUCGUCGUCUCUAAAAUCGCUUAAUAAAUUCCAAAGGUUCAAGGACAAGCUUUCAUAA